AUGUCUAAAGAAGAAAUGAGGAAGAAAAAUCUUGUGGAAAAAGCUACUUGCGAGAGAAAUGCCCUUGCAGUUAGUAAAUGCCCAUAUAUUGUCCAUUUGUAUUACUGUUUGCAAACCACCAGUCAUAUAUAUUUGGUUAUGGAAUACCUCGUCGGUGGUGAUCUUAAGUCACUUUUGCUGGUUAUGGGCUGUCUUCAAGAAUCUCACGCUGCUGUCUAUACUGUUGAAAUUGCAAUAGCCUUGGAAUAUCUUCAUAAACAUGGAAUAAUUCACCGUGAUCUUAAGCCGGAUAAUAUACUUAUUGACUCCAAAGGACACUUAAAGCUGACGGAUUUUGGGUUGUCUACUAUAACAUGGAAGCGUCCUUUACAGCCAAGUGACGUUUUGAAUACACCAUCUGUAGUUUCGUUACCUUUGCAAUACUACCGAACUCCUGGCCAACUUAUUUCUCUGACAACCGAACUGGCUUUCACGGAUACACCUACCAUACAUAAAACUCAUGAAGUUCUGGAGGAACGCUUAUUGACUUCACGGGAUGACAAUGCCAAAACUUGUUUUUCCCCCGAGUGUUUAUCAUCAGCAAAAAAUUACUUUACUAAUUGCGAUGUUUCAAAUUCAUUGCAUAAAUCCUCUUCAGAACUUUCUUUUGGAUCUGUAGCAUUUUUCGAUGAACAACAUAUCUGUGCUUUGCGACGAUUCAGAAGUUCUAGUGAUUUUGGUGAUAAAUCAUGGAAAUCUCACUUUCGUCAACAUUUGGUUCAUUGGUCACCAAUAUCCAGAAAAUCGCGUGUUAGGUGUUCUCAAAAUUUUGAAACAUCGGAAAUCCAUUUAGAUGAGUUGCAGACGUGUUACUCCAGUCGAGUUAAUUCUCUUAGAACUGGCUAUAAAUUAUGUCACCGUCAAGAUCUUAACUACAAUCCACGUCCAAAAAAAGGACCAACUUCUGACUUAUCUGCGAUUGAAAACUCAAAAAUAUCAGUAACUUUGGAGCCAUCAUAUCACAGACAGGGAUGUCAGAAUAUGGAAAAAAUGCUUAGAGAUACAGCUUCGUGUUUGGAAAUUUCUUCUUUAAAUAGAGAUAUGCAGGAUUUGGUUUUGAACUCCUCUCCAUAUAAUCUGACUGAUGGAAAUGGUUUAAAACGAAAUACUUCGACGGAAAAUAUGUUGUCUCCAGUUGAAAAAGCCAGAUUAAGCUUGUUCCGUCAUUCACCGUUAUCCCACUGUUUAGGUAUAAGUGGCGAUUAUUUCUUAAAUGAUAUUGAUCUCUCGAAUCCAUCGAUGGAUGACUGUACAACUUCUCCAGUGUUACUUAAUACACCUUUAAAAUUUCCUCACCAUUCUCCCGCUUCUAUAGUUAAAAAAAGUAACAAACAUUUAACUCGAAAUUUCCACUCAAUCGAAUCAGAAAGUAAUCUUCCUGCUCAAACAUUGCUUUAUUCUAGUCCUUUAUGUUCCAUGCAUAUAAAUUCAACUUGUAAACAUCAGCGUUUUGACAACAAAUUGAUCACUUCGUUGAAUAGCACACCAGCAAUUGAUUCACUUCAAGUUACUACAGAAUCACUUGAAAAUAUAUCAAAUCUAGAGAGCUUAUCUAGUCACUUGUUAGGUACUCCGGAAUAUUUGGCACCAGAAUUAUUACUUCAUCCUAAUUCCAAAAGUGCAUGCGAUAGUCCAGCUGUCGAUUGGUGGGCUUUAGGUGUUAUAUUAUUUGAAAUGUUAGUUGGUGUAACUCCAUUUGCAGAUGAAACUGUAGAAAAUGUGUUUCACAAUAUUCUAAGUUUAGAUAUACACUGGCCUGUUACUACUACUUGUGGAUCAUCUUUUAGCAAAAAUGAAUCACCACAAAAAGACUGUGAACUUUCACAAGCAGCUGUAAACUUAAUUAGUGGCCUCCUAUCUUAUAAUCAAGCAGACAGACUUAAAGUUGCAAAUCAAAUAAAGUCAAGUGAUUUGUUAAUACCUGUUGGUGAUUGGAAUAAUUUACAUGAUUUAGAAAUGCCUUUCAUUCCUGAUCCUGAUAAUUCAACAGAUACAUUUUAUUUUGAUAUUCGUAAUCGGUACAAUCAAUAUAGUGAAGAGGAUCUAUGUGCAAAUGUGAAGUGA